AGCCUUAAAUAUUAGUAUUUCACUUAUCUGGCAACAAUGCGUUAAUUAUUCGUCGAUUCGAUUUAUAUAAGACUGUUAGUAUAUGUACAUGUACAUAAGUACUUUAUCUAAAAUUAAAAUGCUCCCACUGUUUGACUAUUUUGGAAAGUUGGCUAUUCAAAAUUAAGCCCAUCGUAUUUUUGAACAACCAAUAAUUAGAUAUAUGGGAGCUAGGGGAAGUUAAGACCUCUUUUGGGGGCAUGGCAAUGGACCGAUAUCGCUCAUUUUCAAUACCAACCCCCUCAGGAUGCCAAGGAAUAUAUGUAUGUUCCAAGUUUCGUCAAGAUAUCUUCAUUUUUACUCAAGUUAUUCGUUGCACGGACAGACAGACAUCUGGAUUUCAACUCGUCAUCCUGAUCAUUUUUAUAUAUAUAACCCUAUAUCUAACUCAUUUAGUUUUAUGACUUACAAACAACCGUUAUGUGGAUAAAACUAUAAUACUCUCUUAGCAACUUUUGUUGCGAGAGUAAAAAAAUAUAAGCUAUAAAAAAUUAAUUUCACAAUAAUGGUACUCAUUUAACGUCGUAAACGUAAUUCGCAAUAUCGUAAAACAGCUGCUAAUUUUUACAUGCAUUUUAUUUUACGACAAUGGCCGACUUCCUAAACGCAAGUUGCGAUGCAUAACUCGAAAAAAUGCGUAUGAAAUGCAAAACUGAUUUUCAACGCAACUCUGCGUUGCAAAUAAAUGCUUUGCAUAUAAAUGACGUUUAGGAACGUCAUCGUAAAACUCAUACAUAAAACAUAUGUCAUAGCUAAUUAGCUAAUUCUUCAAAUAUUAAGUUAAUAAAAAACUAAUUGAAAAGAAAAAAAAGAAACGGCAGUUUUUAUUAAGGACUUUGAAUUUAACGAGAAGAAAGGUGGUGAAAAAUAUAAAUUUUUGUGAAUCUGUUGUAUUGAUGGAAGACGAUAUAUUUUAUUCCCAUUUUCGGAUGCGAAGAAGCACGUUCAAGAGGCUGAUGACAAUGCUACAACCAAUGUGGACCGAAUCAUCAACAGGUCGUACUGCAGUUUCCAUGAAAAAGGCAUUGUAUUUGACAAUUUGGAAGCUUGCCAAUAAUACAUCAUUUCGACAAAUUAGUGACAGAUUUGAUGUAGGAAUGGGCGCCACUUAUAGAGCAUUUAUUAAAAUCCUCAAACUUAUAUAUCGUCUAAAAUCGACAAUAAUAAAAUUUCCGACUACUACUGCAGCUCAAAAAAAGAUCGCUGAUGGGUUUUCUCAACGUCGCCACAAUAUAUUUCCUUUUGUAUUAGGAUGCAUUGAUGGAACGCACAUUCCCAUAUCACAACCAAAAAACGAUGCAAUAAGUUUCUAUAACAGAAAAGGGACGUUUUCCAUCAUUGCACAGGCCAUUGUUGACUGCGAUAUGAAAUUUCUGGACGUCUUUGUCGGCUGUCCCGGACGAUGUCAUGACGCAUCAGUGUGGCAAAGGAGCCCAUUUCGUAGAGCACUAGUAAGCGGUGAAUUAAAAAUUCGACCAAAUCACCACUUCUUAGGCGACGCAGCUUAUCCGCUAGAAACGUUUCUCAUGGUGCCAUAUCGGGAUAAUGGUUUUUUAACAUCGCAGCAGAGCCAAUUUAACACUAUUUUAAGCACUAACCGAGUUUAUGUUGAACAGGCGUUCGGGAUAUUAAAACAAAAGUUCAGAAUUUUAAAAUUUAUUGGUGUACAGCUCGCUCAUAUUCCAAAAAUUAUUGUAUUAACGUGCAUGAUAAUACAUAACGUGAUUAUAAUCAAUGAAGGUCAGCAAAACAUUGAUUGGAUAGAAUUGGACGAAGAUGAGGCCCAAACAUCUGAAGUUAGUGUUCCAUCAUUGCAAAGAGAUGAAGCCCAACAAAAACGAAAUGCCCUGGCAACGUUGUUUUCAAGCUGAAUUAAACGACAAUUCUAAAAUAAAAAACACAAUUUGAAUAACAUGAACAUAAAUGUAUUUUAUUUCAUAAGAU